AUGUCAAUGUCAAAAUAAUGUCAGAUUCAGCAGCUGCAAUGCAAUCUGCAAUGCUCAAUUUGCUCAUCUUAGGCUGAGAAAUAAAACUUUUACUGUCUUGUGCUUUUUCUUUAAGAUUUAUACAAUAAUUCAUGUCGCCAAAUAAAUGAAGACUCCGCGACAGUCGUCAGGAUCCAUCAUGAGGAAAUAUUACCAGCUUAUACUCAUUAUAGUGUGCUUUAUCAGCAUCGUGACGCUUCUUAUUUACCGGCACGAAUAUUACCGACUGCGAUAUGUCCUCGAAGUGCUCAACUUUUUCGGGAAGCCCGGUUUGUCCGAGAUCGAGUUUUGCGGACCUGGCUUCAAUGCUACGAUGCUCACAGAGAUAAUGCGGAACUCGUCGAUGGAGGUGAGGGAAACUCCACCGCUGUUCCAACAGAUUGACGACAAUUUCUACGCGUACUCGUCAUUUUUGCGCUCGUAUCAAAAGUACGAGAAACUCACGCCUCACGCACACAACAUAGACACUAUCGUCAUCGGGCGAGCGAACGCGCGACCCAAUUUCCGCUGUAACGUCUGGCUAGAGAACAGUUCCAAACAUAAAGUAGGCACAUUCAGUUUCAAAACAAUCUCCCAGCCUAUCAAUGGCUUCAGAUUAUUCGUAUUUCAGUGCUCGUUAAGCCAAAACUUAGGUAAAUUAAAAGGCAUAAGCUUCUAUGCCAAUGACUAUAAAGUAAGUCCAAUUCAUGCCCCCAUAAAUAGACUGAUUGAUGUAACAACAAAACGGAAAUCAAGACCCAUGAGGUAUACAAACAACAUUAAAUUUGUAAACAAUGUUGUGCCGGCUAUGUGUAUCAUCCCAAAUCAAGUGCCAAUAGUCUCCAGAGACUCCCUCAUAGAGUCUUUAGUCUUUCACCACAUGAUGGGUGUCAACUCGUUCACCAUUUAUGACAGUCUGAUCUCUGAAGACAUUGUAAAAAGACUGAAUUUGGUACCAAGUGAUAUUACACAGUGGGAUAUACAGUUUUUCCCUUUAAAUUUCCCUUUCAACUUUGCCAAAAGUUAUGACAUAGUCAAGCAAGCUAUAGAGCUGGAUUGUCUCUUCCGGCACUUUAAGUUAGACAAGGAAGAUACAAACAAAGCAAGUCAUGCUAUUGUUAUCUCCUGGGAUGAGUUUCUUGUUCCCCGCAUCCAUAACAGUUUAAAAGCUGUCAUCUCUGAUUUUGACCCUACAUACAAACAGAAAUCAAUAACAGUGGAGCCUUUAUUGUUUUGCUUAAAUCAGAAUGAUGAUGACAACUCAGAAGUUGGUUAUCCGGACAUUAUGAAAAAGACACAUUACUACCAGCUACCGCAGGAGAAAAAACGGCCAGUGUAUAUUAGAAAUUUGGACUCCAUGACCACUUUUGAGGACAUUUUCAAUGCUACCACUACCAGCGGGCACGCGGUACCCGCCAAUUUGCUUGCUGUACACAAAUAUACGGAAUGCAGAGACCCGAAUAGCUACCAUCCGAGAGGGGUAGGAUUCAAUGAGACCCAGAUGGAAGUGUUCCGGAACAAGUAUGAAGCAGCCAUGAUGAAGUUUGGACCAAGUUUGGUGAAUAAUAAGAUUUACAGGCUCUACAGAUCAGGGCAAAUUUGGGAGAAAACAUCGAAUGAGAAUGUUAGGGAUAUGCUGUAAAAAUUCUUGAACCAAUGUGUGUUAUAUUGGCAAAUAAUAUCUAAGGUUAUUUAAGAUAGGAUGCCUGUAUGGACUUAAAGAAUAAGAUAAGUUAUUAGGCAUUUAUUGAACGGCAAUAUAGUUGACGGAGAGAAUAUUGAAAAUGUUGUUGAUUAUUAAGGAGUGAUGUUCAACUCAGUUGACACACUUUAUGUGUUAUCUGUUGAAUUAGCAAUGACUAAAAAACAUAAGCAACUCAAUUACAAAUGAAGUUUUUGCUAUUUAGUGGCUCAAAACUUUUGACAAAAAUUAGGAAAAUUUAUGCAUACGUAGAAUCAUUGUAUAUGUAAUAAGAAGUCAAUAGGUACCCGCACAUUUAUAAAGAAUAUCUGCAAUUCUACAGGUUUGUCAAUAAAUAAUUAUCAAGGUCAAACGGUCAAGGUGAUUAAAUAUGUAAAUACAUCUUUCAACUUUAUUGUCCAAAUAUUAAGUUGUUAAUACACAUUUUUAGCUACUUGUAUCAAUUUAUUAUAACUUGGUUGUAUAAUCAAGUCAAGGUCUUAAUACUAAUUAACAGACAAAGCGCUAAAAAUAUGUGUACACGACCUUAUCAGUGUAUAGAUAUCUUUGACCCUUUAUUUAUAUUUAUACUAGCGACCUGCCCCGGCUUCGCACGGGUUAACAAAUUAUACCUACACCUAAACCUUCCUCAAGAAUCACUAUUGAAAGGUGAAAACCGCAUGAAAAUCCGUUCAGUAGUUUUUGAGUUUAUCGCGAACAAACAAACGCAAACAGACAGACGCGCCGGGGACUUUGUUUUAAAAGGUGUAGUGAUUUUAGAAUUGCUGUACAUCCAGAACUGUGCUGGGACCUAAAGAGAGCGAUUCUCAAAAAGUUUGUACUUUUUGAUCACAUCUUAGAUUUUUAUAAAAACUGGUAUGCUGGUAGAGUAUACGAAGCUGAACAACUUCCACCACAUUUCCCAAAAUGUCCCAGAAAGUUUCUAAGAAACAUUCCUUUUUUGUUACCAAAUGUGUGGGGAAAUCUGGUAACAAAACAGGAAAGUUUUAUAAUAACUUUCUGGGACAUUUUGGGAAAUAUGGUGAAAGUUGUUCAGCUUCAUGUACAUUACCAGUAUACCAAUUUUUAUAGAAAUCUAAGAUGUGAUCGAAAUGUACAAACUUUUUGAGAAUUAGAUUAGAUCAUUACAUUAUACAUCGUACACGCAUGUCUGGGGAAGCCAGACCAUUAACCGCAAUAGGUAUGCCUUAAAUCACAAGUGCCAUGAAAUAGUUAAGUACCUUCUCAGUAUUUCCCUGUAGUGACGUCAAAGCAAUUUAAACCUUUUGUAGUUAGCAACAGAGUUGUAUUUUGUACUGAUAGUUGUUAUUUGAUUGGACCUUUAUUUGAGCUUAAUAGGUGGCCUAAUACUAGUUAUUCAUAACUGUAAUCAUUGAUUACCAAAACUACUAUUACAUAUUUUCGUAGUCGAGAUCUAGCAUUAGUAGCGGAAUUAUCAGUACCGCUACUUGAUACUAGAUGUCUCAAGUGUCACGACUCGAAAAUUGUAUUGAACAACAAUUUUAUUUAUAACUAACUGAGCAUUAGACUUUUCGGUCGUCGCAACACCUCUUGUCAAAUUCCGUUACUCGAUGCUAGGUGUCGACUGCGAAAAUAAUAGUACUGUACGGUUACCAUCAUGUUACAAAACUUAGUUCACGGAACACUUAUGGGAUCACUUCGGUCUUAUUUUCUCUAUGUCAACAGUUAAUAUAUGGACAGUCAAUACGUCUGUCGUGGCCCGAUCAUAGAUAAUGAUCAUUUUAUGAAAUGCCAUUUUUUAAUUGGUCACUUCAUGCUAUGGUUAGGUUUAACUUUUUCAUGAAAUGCCACAUCAUGAAAUUAUCAAUUCUAAGAUCUGGCCACGACAUGUCCAAAUUAAACUGAACACCCACAUCAUACUUGUGGAGUAUAAAUACUCUUUAAUGAAGUGUUUCACUGUAUUUGAACACUUUGAUUACAGCAGUGUGCGAUAGCUUACCUUCAUAGAAAAUAAUGCUUGAAAUGAUAUACUUAACCAUAACUUUUAUAGACAGGUGGUUGAUGGUUUAAAUAAUGAUAGUCUAGGUUAUCUAUUUUCCUUUAAAUUUCCACUACAUACUACAUAUUUCAAGCUUGCGAUAACGCGUGGUUGAGACGCUUGUAAUAGUCUAAGAGCUAGCCCCGAAAAAAAUGUAUGCAAUUUUGAGUAAGUAACGAAAUUAUAUUUUUGUCGGUAUUAGCUCUUAGUCUAUAAGUAUGAUAUAUUGAUAAGACUGUAUGUUAGUAUUUGUAAGAUUUUUACUGUAAUUAUAAUUGUGAUAGUAACAACACACUAUGAUAGAUUGAACAGGAAAUACGAUUGCCUCUCUAAAUGUAAGCUACAUAACAG